UAAAGUUAUUGAAGGAGAGCGGCAGUGUACUGUAUGUUUACAGACGGAACCGUUGCUGCUCUUGAUUAUGAUUUGGUGAGGAAUUAUUUCAUAAAUACGUUUGAAUUAAACCCACCUUGUUGCAUUAUUAUUAAUUUACCGCUGACGCUACACGAGCAGGUCGCAGGUGCAGGUCAUUUUGCGGGAUCAAUAAAAGAUGGCGGUUUGUGAGCUCGGGAAGUUGAGAGAAGCAGGUGAUGUUCAGUGUUAUUCUCGUCAUCAUAAUGGCUUCUCUGCAGUAUUUACACAGUUGUUCGGUUGACUGAGGAGAUGAAAAGCAGUGUGAAAGUAACUGUUGCUCGGUGUAGGUGCAUUUUGGACUACCUGUAGUUUUUAUCCCGAUUGUAUUGUACAACUCUGAACAGGUCACUCGCACCGGUGCGAAUAAGUAUUUAUUCACAGUCGCACAAAAUACUUUUCAGUCACAAACGCGAGUGAAAUGGUCGCACUGUAGAGCCCUGUUUAGUAAUGAUGGAUAAUGUAAUCAGUGUUUGUUCAGAGAAUGAAAAUAAAAGGGAAUUAAUAAGGCAAGGUUAAGGAAUAGAAAGUGAAGAUUUGCAGUUCUAUAUAAGGGACCUGUGUUGAAUUAUUUUAUUUUUAAUUUGGGUUCUGCCCUCUUCUUAUUCACGCUCCAUGUCAGUCGGAGGCUGUAAUGCACCUAAUUUCUAUUACACAAGGUGGAAGAAGAAGAAGAAGAGGAAGCAGAAGCAGGACAACGUUGUCACGUGACUUGCAGUGCGGUAAAUACGAACCAGGAAAGACGAAGCUGAUUUUUUUUUUUUUUUUUACUACGUGGCGUUUAAUGGAGAAAAGAUUAAGUUAUAACAAUAUGAGGGCCAGUAAAUACGUGAAGUUGGUGGGUUACAUUGUACCAUCAAAGACGGACAACGCGGCUGAAGAGUCCGAAAACGACGAAGGAGAGGAAGAGCCAGUGCCGGAGUUUCUGGACAUGAAGGAAAUGGCCUCUGUCUCUUCUGGGGGAUUCAUGUCUCAGCAGUCUGUACCCGCGGCGGAUGAAGUGGAUUUCAUGUUCCAGGGGAAGAAAGUACGUGUUAAGGGCCGAUUUCCUCUCGGGAACCCAUGGUGGGAGAUCUCCUGCGGUGCCCAGCAAUACUCCCGUAAACUGGUGGUCGAUGGCUACCCUUCCUACAAACUCCGUAGAGACCUGAAAAAUGGCUGCCGCACUUUCAUGUCUCUCUUCCUGAAGGAGUGUGAUGUGGAACCUAAUUUUGUCACCCGGUUCAUGCAAUGGCUGCCAGAGGACAGAUAUGUGGACCUCAUAAACAUAGCGGAAGCUCUGCAUGAAUUUGGAGAGAAUAUCAAAGAGACAAGGAAAGAAGCUGAUUAUGUCAAGUCUAACAUUUGGAAAUCAGAUGCAGGUUUUCUUGUAAGAGCUGCCACCAUCUAUCCUUAUAUCAUGAAAUACUUGCCAACAUUGCUGCCAGGGCAGUUUUUAAAUCUACUGAAAAAAGGGAAAGCGGAAGAGGAGAAACGGCAGUCUAAAAAUGAUGAAGGAAACGGGGAAGGUUGUCCACAGAAAAAUGAUACGAGUCCCUUAUUAGCCAGACUGGAAGAGCUCAUCAAGACUGAUAAUGUGUGGAAGUUUGGCUUUGGCUAUAUCAUGUAUAAAGAGUUCCGGUUAGUCAGAUGUGAGACUAAAUUGAAGGACUUUAUGUCCUGUGAGUUAUUCAGCAAAAUGUCUUCUGAGCAGCAAAAUGCCCUGAAGGUGUACAACGAACUUAAAGUCUACUGUAGUCAGUCUGGCCACACCUACAUCGACCGGAAGGUUUUGGAGAAGAAGAUGACGAUGCAAGAAGAAAGCACUUGGGAGGCCGUGGCCUUCCUCCGCAAGCAUGGAGUGCUGAUCAUAGAAAAGCAGAAGAUUGCCCUGAGGAAUCUCUACAAGUACGAGAAAGAUAUUGCUGAAUGUCUCGAGCAGCUAAUAGAGGGGGAACCAUGGAAGAUUGAUCUGGAUGUGAGGGAGGUUCUCCGCUCCGCAGAGCGUGAAAGAAUGACCAACCAGUUUGCCACCAAUUCAUGUACAUCUGCCUCAGGAAGCAAAGGAGAAGAUAAUGAGUCUGGUCUAAGAGAGUCUGCCUCAGGUGUGCAUGGCCCCAUGGAUGAAGAACCUGUGGCCACCUCUAUAAAGCUGGACCCAGACCAAGUGCAAGCAGCAGAGAUGAUGUGUGCCAAUGCUGUGACAGUGAUCAGUGGAAAGGGGGGCUGUGGCAAGACCACCGUGGUCAGUAUGAUCUUUAAAGCUGCCAUGAAGCAACAGGAGAAGAUUAGAGAGGAUGAUCAUGACAGCACCAGGGAGGAGGGUGAGAAGAAAGAGAAUAGCAAAGAGCCACUGGAGGUUCUUCUUACUGCUCCCACAGGUAGAGCUGCAUCACUACUGACCAAGAAAACCUGCUUCACAGCUUAUACCAUGCAUCAGGUCUUGUGCAGUUACAUGUUUACGGAAAAACGACCAGGUGGGGAGCCAAUAAACUGGAAGUUUGCCAACGUCCGAGUGUUGGUGGUGGAUGAGGGCAGUCUUGUGUGUGUGCAGAUCCUUUCCUCCAUUCUGUCAAUGCUCACCAAACAUGCAAAGCUACGAAAGUUCAUCAUUCUGGGAGAUAUAAGGCAGCUGCCCAGCAUUGAACCAGGAAAUGUCUUCAUUGACCUCUUUACCAGUCUAAAGAAGGUGAACUGGGCCAUCGAAAUGCGUACCAACCACCGUGCUGAAUCGGAGCUCAUUGUCCAAAAUGCUGGAUUAAUAGCAGAUAUGGGUGUUACUAAAAAGUUUCAUAAUCUAAACUAUGAUGCUACUGUGGAACUGGGUAAAAAACGCACACUACCCUCACCUGACAAGAGCUUCAUUGAGAUCCUUCUUCCAGAAAAGGAAAACGAUGAUGAUCUACAGAAUUCUAUAAAGUGUUUGCUGGGAGGCCCAGCACCAGGGCUGGAGGAUCAUGAGUCUUCACAAUUUGUUGCCUUCAAGAGGACUGAAUGUGCUCUGAUUAAUGAGCUUUGCUGCAAGCAUUACUGUAACCACAACACUAAGACUCAUAAAAACAAAAUGAACUUUCAGAUUGGCGAUAAAGUAUGUUGCACAAGGAAUGGCUAUGUGACUGAUAUAGACAAAAAAGAUGAAGCCAAAGGCCAGGAGGACGAUAUGGAUGGAAGCAAAAGUAAAAAAGAACGCUUGUGCAAUGGGGAGAUUUUCUUUAUUACACAGGAUGUGACAGUAAAGGAAGACGCUGCACGGAGGUGCGUUAAAUUGAGAUACCUGACUCUAGAUAACAAGCAGGGAGAAAAGCUGACUGUUGAAUACAGGGAGCUAAUGAGACAGUGUAAACUACGACAUGCCUGGGCUCGAACCAUUCACACCUUUCAGGGCUCAGAGGAAAAGACUAUUGUGUAUGUUCUUGACAGUGGCAUCCCUCAAACUUGGAAACACGUUUAUACUGCAGUCACACGAGGUCAGAGCCGUGUGUAUGUCAUAGCAGAGAAGGAUGGGCUUGAGAACGCUAUCCGAAGACACGUCAUCAAACGCAACACACGACUAGAAGGCCAUGUUGUAAACUUGUUACAUGAAUUAGGAUUAGCCGAUAAAGAUUUUCUCAGUCAGGCAAGUCAGUCUCAAUUCAACUCGCCAAAGCGAGGUUAUGGAUUUCAGACUACUCAGUCUACACAUGAGUCAUUGUCAAGCCCAGGUCCAUCCCAAUCUUACCCUGGAAUGAGGAAUUUGAAGAAUGUGACCUGUCAAAACCUCACUGAUCCUGGUAGUAUGUUUGGCGACCUCAGUUCCCCCAAAUCAGCAAGUCCAAGUCCAUGUAAGCGAGAGAGAACCAUGGACAACUGCACCAUGCCAUCCAAACAAAUGAAGGUGGACACACCACUGGGCUGCUCCAAGCUACAGUCCCUGUCUCUUAACAGCAUCACUCCCAGACAGCUCUACCCAAAAGCUCCACAGUCGCACCAGGACCAGUGAGUGCAUGAGCAAGAAACGUCAGGAAGAGCCUGACAAAUACCUUGUUUGUUGUGACAUGCCGAAGGUCAGAGUGGGACUUUGUGUGCAUUGCAGCAUUUAAGGUGAUUCACCUUUAAACUAGAUAUAGAUAUGGCAAAGUACAGAAUGCCAUUCUGUAGUUUUGUGGAUUUCAGUGUGUUUUACUUAUUGAGUGUCACAAGUCAAACAAUAUUUCAUAUUCAUGGUGAUUUCAGUGCAGUGAGUAUUUCAAGAUAACAUUUCAAAUGCAUAAGGUGUGUAUUUUAGUUUUCAUAUCAUGCAUGCUGUAGUGAUUUAUAGCAUGUUAUUAUGUUUUAUUUUUGUCAGGGUUUGCAUACAAAUACUUGCUCCUGCAUUACAAUCUAAAGUGAACAAAUCAUGGAAGAAUCUGGCAUAUAUGUACACAACUUAUAAUCAUAACUUUCUGCAACUUUCUGUCCUGUAAGUAAUUGAUUUCCUUAGUUUGUCAUGUUCAUAAUCAUUGUGUGUGUACAUUAGUGCUAAUGUACAUUGAAAUAGAAAUCCUGUAAUUGUCUAAUACUCACAAAAAGGCUAUGUUGACUUUGUUAAAAAUAUUUGACAUGAGCGUUUACAUUGUUUGUGUGAAAUCAGAAACCCUAAUUAAUUUUUUUUUAAAUUUAAAAAUUUAAUUAAAUUUUAAUAAAAAAAAUUAAUUACAUAUUUAAUUUAAAAAAUAUAUUUUAUUUGCUUCAUGCAUUGGUAUUUUGUUUGAAUUUACUGUGCAGGCUGCCACCGCUUCACUGUCAGUAUUUAUUCAUGAAACAGCUAGAGCUGCAACUAAAGAUUGUUUUCAUAAUAGAUUAAUUGGAGGGGGGUGGGGACAAAAUUUCAAUACCAUUUUUUUUUUUUUCAUUUAUUUAAAAUAAAAUCCACAAACUGAGUGUUAAAAAUAUAAACUUCAGACUAAAACUUUACAUUAAACAAUUGUUUGUUUGUUUGUAUAUUUUAUAUUAUAUAUGUUUUAUGCACAAAAUUAUCACAAAAUUAAUAAAAUCUCACUUUCACUGCACCUCAUACUUUGUAUUACUCACUGCCUUUAGGCAUAUUUUUGUUAUUUAUGUUUACUUUGAUUGUACCGUUUUAAUUAGACAUUACAUAUCUUACUUCCGCUCCCACUGUUUAUCACCAUGUCUACCAUUGUGAGUGAGGAGCAACGCGGCCUCGUUACUAACAGAUUACUUAUAGAUCGCUCCAGUUAUAAUAACACGGUUUAUACUGCAACCAUGCAAAUACAGCAUAUGAUUACAAGUAACCUGGUUUAAACUGAACCUCUUAAGCAACUCGUACCAGAUUCCCCAACCCCUUGCACUCAGUGGAGCAUUUUGGAUAUAAACAGUUUGGAUAUAAAGUUUGUGCUCGUGCAUCACUGUCGUGCUUCCGUGCUAUACAAGCUCCGCUUUGUAAAGUUUGCAAGUUACAAUGUUCUUGGUGGCAUUUAAUAUAAAAUGCUUUCCUGCCUUAGAGGACUUGGGUCGCACUCUUUCUUCCUCAGUCACUUGACGAUUACGCUUCCGUCUGAUGGUGACUGAAUGGUGAAGAAACUCAUGGUCGUUGACUCUGGGUAUUCUGCUAAAGCUAUCGGCAUUGUAUUAUGUGUGUUUUACAUUAUGUGCCAUCGACUGGGAAAUGGCUUAUACGUCCGGUUAGUAAAAAAACCCGCUAGUGUUCCAUUUGAGACGAUAUUACCCUUCUAAAAUUCAUAUACUAGAUGGUAGAGGGCAUAGUCUAAGUGUAUAGUACAUCAUUUGGGACACAACUUUGGUCUAUACUCUCUGAUGCGUGUUUUCGAAACAGAAGUAACGCAAUGAGUAAAUGUACCCCGUGCUGCACGCAGACCAACUAAUCGAUAAUGAGAUUUAUUGACAACGAUUUUCAUAAUCGAUUUAUUAUGAAUUUUAUCGAUUAGUUGCAGAAACGUGCCAUCAUCCUUAGUAACCCAGGCCGUUCUCAUUUGAGGAAUUCCUUAUUAAUGAAAAUGUUUAAAAGAGAAAGACUUAGUAGUAAGAUUAAAUUCUUUGUGAAAAUAGCCACUGGUCUCUCACACAUGCUUAAAAUUCCACUUGCAUUAAAAAAAGAAGCAACUGUAAACAUAACCCACACUCCAGAUUCCUGUUACA